AAAGGAAGAGGUGAAGAAGAAAGAGAAGGAAAAAGAGGAGGAAAAGACAGAGGACAAGCAAAAAAAGGAAGAGGAAAAGGGGAAGAAAAAAGAGAAGGGGAAGAACAAAGGAAAGAAGGAGGUGAAAGGUUCAAGUGAGGAGCAGGUGAAAGCACCUAUUGCUGCUCCAGAGCCGGAGCUUAAAACUGAACCUGACGUUGAACAGGCUCCUGAUCAGCACUCAAUAAGCAGCGCAGAGACGCAGCCACCACAAGAAGAACAUAAAGAAGAAGCUGAGAUAAAGAAGGAGCCUGAAGUAGAGGAAGAAGCGAAGAAGGAGGACACAGAAACAAAAGAGGAAGAACCGGCAAAACAGGAGAAAGAAGGCAAAGUAGAGGAAAAGGGAAAGGAGGAGGCAAAGAAGGAGAAGCCUGCAAAAGAAAAGAAGACCGAGAAGAAGACCGAGAAGAAGACAGAGAAGAAGACAGAGGAGGCUAAAGGCUCCAAACGUCAGAAAACCAUGCAAUGCAAAGUCACCUUACUGGAUGACACUCAGUUUGAGUGUGAACUUGAUAAACAUGCUAAAGGCCAAGAGCUUAUAACAAAGGUGUGUGACCAUGUCAACCUGAUGGAGAAAGACUACUUUGGCCUUGCUCACUGGGACACACCGACCGACAAGACAUGGCUGGAAGCCACCAAAGAGAUCCGGAAACAGGUUUCAGGUGCUGUGUACGAGUUUGCAUUCAGUGUGAAGUUCUACCCACCUGAUCCGGCACAGCUCACUGAAGACCUCACCAGAUACUACCUGUGUCUUCAGCUGAGGAAAGACAUAAUGCGUGGUGUUCUACCCUGUUCCUUUGUCACACUGUCCCUGCUGGGCUCCUAUGUAGCCCAGUCAGAGCUUGGGGAGUAUGACCCAGAGGUCCAUGGAACAGAUUAUGUUAAAGACCUGACCCUGGCCCCCGGACAGAGCAAAGAGUUGGAGGAAAAAGUAAUGGAUCUGCAUCGCACAUACAGGUCAAUGAGUCCAGCCCAAGCAGACAUGUUGUUUCUGGAAAACGCCAAGAAACUCGCCAUGUAUGGAGUUGACCUGCACCAAGCCAAGGAUCUUGAUGGUGUCGACAUCACACUGGGGGUUUGCUCCAGUGGUCUGAUGGUUUACAAAGACAAGCUAAGGAUCAACCGUUUCCCUUGGCCCAAAGUGCUCAAGAUCUCUUACAAACGCAGCAGCUUCUUCAUCAAAAUCAGGGCAUCAGAGCAAGAGCAGUAUGAAAGCACAAUUGGCUUUAAACUGCCCCACUACAAAGCCUCGAAGAAGCUGUGGAAAGUUUGCGUUGAACACCAUACCUUCUUCAGGGUUCCAACAGUAGAGCCCCCCACAUCACGUCGCUUCCUUGUCUUGGGCUCCAAGUUCCGGUACAGCGGGCGCACACAGGCCCAGACCCGCCAGGCAAGCUCCAUGAUUGACCGCCCAGCCCCUCGUUUCACACGUUCUGCAAGCAAGAGGUUGUCCCGUAACCUAGAUGGAGCUGGAGAUGAAACUCUCCAGUUCCUACAACGACUCUCCACAUCAACCAGGUCUGAGGUUGAUGACUGGUCACUGAUGCUGACAUCUGACAAACCCCAGCCAUCUCAUGAAUUUCCAGCCAGAGUGAAGUCUGAGCAGCCUUCGGUUCAGUCCGGGGAGGCCAGUCAGUCUGUUCGCACAGUAACAGUGACCUGGCAGGACACCGAGACUAUGCAGACUAGCUCUCAAACCAUCACCCAGACAGCCAGUCAGCCGUGGCAGGAGCUGGCAUCUGAUCAGCAGAGGAGAAAGGCAGACGAGUGGUCUGCACUGCUCCUUCGUUACCCUCCUUUUCCAUUUGUCCCACCGUCUGAUUAUGUGAAACAGACAGAUUCUCUGAUGUUGCCAGCUAAGCUCAGGUUGGCAGAAACGAGCUCUAUGGACAGACUAUUGCAACCACCAUUGAAACAGCAAGAUGAUUGGUACCUUUACUUUGACCGAAUCUUCAGCCAAUCCUCAUUUGAGCGUACUGACAAACCUUUCUCUUCUGUAGCUCAGUUCCAGCUCCAGCAGGAGGAUAAGCAGGGCAUGUAUGUGGCAGAGCAGGAACUGACCGAUGAGCAGGUCAUUGAGAGGCUGAAGGAAAAUGUGACCUUGAUAGAUCAGCUGACAGAGAUGCAUAUUUUGGAAAGGAGGUUGAAGGAAGUGAGGUUUUUAGAGGAAAGGCUCCAAGAAAUGGAUGAGAUGGCAGAGAUAAUUGAGGAAGUAAUAGAGGAGGAAUUGGGUAAGAAGGAGGUAGAUAAGUUGAGAGACGAAGAGAGAGAUUUGGAGCUGGAAGAACAAAUACAAGCUAGAGGAAUAGCUAAAGCAGUGGUGAAGAAGUCAGUGAAAAGAAUACAGGAGGAUGAAGUGGAUGAACUUGAAGAGGAGAUAAAGCGAGUGUUUUUAAAAGGCUUGAUACCUGAAGAGGAAGAGGCUGAGGUGAAGCAGGAGAGUCUAGAAGAGGUAAAAGAUGAGAGCCUGUUAGAUGAUAGUUUGACAGAGAGACUACGACAGAUUGAAAAAGAAUGGCAGAACGAGGUGGAAGAGAAGUCUGGCUCUUCAGAUAUCGUCACUACUACCACUUCUGUAGUGGCAUACCAUAAGGUGGAACAUAGGACUAAGAAGAGGGUGACUAUUGUAGAUGAGAGAGGGCCAAGGCGGGAGGAAACUGAAGAAGUGCGGGUACAGACUGGUGUCAUGUCAGAGGAAAGCUUAGAAAAAGAAGACAAAUGGCGUAAGACAGAAAUACUAGAGGAGAUAACUGAGACAGAAGUCUCAGAGAGGCUUCAGCCUGAGGUUAAAACUAAGGUGGCAGAUAAUGAUGUCUGGUUCAUACUUCUUGACCGCCUUCCAUACAAAGCUGUUUUCAUACCACCAGUUACCACUGUGGAAACUGCUCAGGUGAUAGAAGGCGAGUAUUUCACCUCAACAACUGAGAUCACAACAGCUGAUGAGGAAACAGAGGUGAUAGUGGAAGAGAGAAAAAUAACAGAGGAGGAGGUAUGGCGUAUACCAGAGAUCCCACCACCAGAGGCUGCAACAGAAAGAGAUGAUGACUGGUUUGUGCUGCUGGAUGUUGUUUCCAGAGAAACACCUUAUGUACCACCAGUUACACUGAAGGAAAGAGACGCACUGGAUACAAAAAGUUUUGUCUCUGUGGUUCAAACUGCACCUGAUGAGGAGAUUAGAGAAGUAGUAGCUGAAGAAAGGAAGAUUAUACAGGAGGCACCAAGACUUCUACAAGAAAUCCCACAGCAGCCAGUGACAGACAGGGAUGAUGACUGGUUUGUGUUGCUGGACGUUGUUCCCAGAGAAACAUCAUAUGUACCACCAGUUGCUGUUGCACAGCGUGUUGAAGUGUCUCCAGAAGAACGCGUCUCCUUGGUUGAAACGACAACUAUUGAGAGGAUAGAAAAAAGAGUGGAAGUUGUGGUAGCAACAACUGAAAAAGAAAAAGAUUUGAGUGAAAAGCAAGAAGUUGUUCUGCCACAGGCUGUGAGAGAGAUAGAAGAUGACUGGUUUGUGCUGCUGGACGUUGCCGCUAGAGAAUCAUCAUUUGUACCACCAGUUACCACGGGUGAUUAUGCUCAGGUCUAUCGUGAAGAACGAAUUGCUACUGUCGUGGAAACGACUCCUACUACUACUGCAACGGAAGCAAUAACAGUAGAGUCCAGGAAGGAGGUUGUAGUUGAAGAGAUUGUGGUGCGGAAGGUGGACAAGAAGUUCCCCACACUUAUUAUUUCAGAGCAAAAAGUAUCCCUAAGAGAAAGAGAUGAUGACUGGUUUGUGCUGCUGGAUGUUGUCCGUAGAGAACCAUCAUUUGUGCCACCAGUUACCGUGGCCAAGUACUCUCAGGUUUAUCCUGAGGAAAGAAUUUCUACUGUCAUGGAAACUAUAACUGUUGAGUCCAGGAAGGAGUUUGUAGUUGAAGAGACUGUGGUGCCGAAGUUUCCCAAGCAAAUUAUUCCAGAGCAAAAAAUAUCCCAGCCAGUCAGUGAAAGAGAAGAUGACUGGUUUGUGCUGCUGGAUGUUGCCGCUAGAGAGACAUCAUUUGUGCCACCAGCAACCAUGCUUGCACAGGUCUAUCGAGAAGAAAGAAUUUCUACUGUGGUGGAAACAAAAACAGUAGAGCCCAGGAAGGAGGUUGUAGUUGAAAAGAUUGUGGUGCAGAUGGAGGACACAAAUCUUCCCAAGCAAAUUAUUCAACAAGCAAUAUCCCAGCCAAUUAGACAAAUAGAUGAUGACUGGUUUAUCCUGUUGGAUGUUGUUUCCAGAGAAGCUGCCUACGUCCCUCCAGUUACUCCUGUUAAGAUUAUUCCUGAUAUGAGGAAGUCAUUUGAGAUUGAGGUGAAAACCACAGAGACGACAACAUUGAAGAAGACCAUGAUUAUUGUGGACAGCAGGCAAGAUGAGACACGUCCAUCUGAAAUUAGACCAAGCCAAAUUGCACCUCCGUCAGAGAGGGAAGGAGGAGAUGAUUGGUUCCUCCUGUUUGACAUCAUCCGUGAAAAGCCCCUUGUCGUACCACCAGUUGCUGUGGUUGAGCGUGUUGUGGAUGUGGUGGCAGCCAAAACCGUACCUGUACCAAAACCAGCAUUCAUCAUGGAAGACCUGAGGCCAACUGUGAAGUUGGUGGAGACUAAACCCCCACAACCGAGACAGGUGGAUGAUGACUGGUUUGUGCUGCUAGAUGUUGCAACAAAAGCACCAGUUGCUGUGGACGAACUUGUCCGCAUGCGCCCUGAAGUAAGACCAGCUAAAGAGAUUGCAACCAUAGAGCAGAGGGCACUGCAGAGCAUUACCAUAGUGGAAGAGAGGCAGCGUCAGGAGAAGGUGGUACAGCAGAAACCACGUCCAGCAGUGAGAGAGGUGGAGGAUGAUUGGUUUAUUCUUCUGGAUUUGGCCACUAAAAAAUCAGUCGCCGCACCUGAGCGUAUCCAGUUCCCAGCAGAGAGGAGAGCUCCAACUGCUGUGGCCAAAACAAGGAUCACAAUUUCUGAGACGAGACCACAGUUUGAGAAACGGAUCCUGGAGGAAAGACGUCCGCUCACACAUGUCAAUGAUGAUUGGUUUGUUCUACUAGAUGUUGGCGCAAAAGAGUCAGUGGUAAUCACAGAGAGUGGGAGAGGCACCCGUCCCGUCAGUGCUCCAGUCUUCUCACAGGCUGCUCUAGCAGAGGCAGGGAUCCCCAUGGCUCCUCUGGAUCAGCCCCAGACCUCUACUCCAAUCAAGACCAGCCGCAAGGAGGAAAGAAGGCUGGAGGUGACUGUUGAAGCUGUGGAGCCCUCAAAAAUCGAGGCUGUGACUGAGAGCAAGCCAGCAGUGUGGAGGGACCAGAGAGAAGUACACUCUUCACUGAUAACCACCAUCAAUGGGGACAUUCAGCACGUGUCUGAGGCGAUGAGCGUGGAGGUGGUGCGAAUGCGAAAGAAAAGAGCUAAGAAAAUUGAGGGUGACUCAAUUUAUAUCAGACAUAGCCUUUUAAUGUUGGAGGAUUUCGACAAGCCUAACGAGGAUGUGCUCAAGCAUCACGCCAGCAUCAGUGAGCUUAAGAGGAACUUCAUGAGUGCCGUCCCGGAGCAGAGGCCCAGUGAGUGGGACAAGCGCCUGUCCACGCACUCUCCAUUCCGCACCCUGGGGAUCAAUGGUCAGCCUCUUCCCAGUGCAGAUGGGACUGUGUGCAUUAGUCCCCUUUGCAAUGGUUCAGAGACAAAGACUGCACAUCGGGAAACCAGCAGCAGUUUGGGCUUUUCAGGCAAACCGAGGCCCACUGUGAGCCACAAGUGUGAGCCUGAUAGCAUCGAAGCCUGUGGUGGUCCAGUUGAGGAAGAGUCAUUUGAUCAGGAAGAGGUUGUAGUUUUUGAGACCUCCCUGGUGCCCAUCGUUGAGGUGGAGAUGGCACAGCUGCCUCCCUCCCCGGACCCCUGCUGUCGAGCUUUAGAUGAGACCCUGGAGGAAGAAGGAUCGUAUCCCGAAGUGUCCGAUCGCUCGGGGAUGAUCGUUGGAUCUUCUUCAGCUUCCUAUUUCAGGAGCGAUGGUCCACAGGUCAUACGCUGCUUCCAGCCCCCUCUGGUGCAGACCCAGACAGUCACCAUCACAGCUGUCUCCAACUCCUUAUCCAGUGGCAUCUCCACCACAGAGGUCCCUGUCGUCCCAACCAAGACCUUCAUCUAUGAGUCUUCAAAGGUGACAGACGAUGGGACAGAUGACAAAGAUAGCACAUCUGUGUCCCAGACUAUUAGCUCGGAGACGAGCAGUGGCACCACAGUCACCACCACCACUACUCACAUCUCAAAGGUAGUGAAAAGCGGAUCUUCGGAGACUCGUGUAGAGAAGAGAAUCGUCAUAACUGCAGACUCUGAUGUUGACCAAGAUAAGGGGAAAGAUGGCGGAGCAUCAGCAUUGUAACUGAAUCACCACCUGCUUUUAAUUGACUCUCCACCUUUCAUCCCUGUUGUCCGAGUGCAGCACUCAGCACGCAGUGACCAGCUCUAUAUGCGCACACACACAUCCGAAAAGAAAUAUCCCAUAAAUGAAGCAUUACCAUGUAGAUGAAUUUUAGUAGAUCCUCUUUGUUUUUCUUUCUUUUUUCAGUUGAGCUGUUCAUUGCUUUCUCAUCCAGGUGUUAAAAAAGCUUAGUAAUACAAUUUUGUUGGUUUUAAAAACAGCAGUUUCAGUUGAGUGGUCUCAGUUAUGUUUGCUUUGAAAUGCUUUUAUUUUCCUAGUGGUUUUUACAUCGUUGAUUUUAUACAAAUGCACUGUUUCCAUCCUAGUUUAGACACCAUGAUCAGCAUUUAUUCCUUUGGUGCUGCUAGGGGAACGUUAAGACUACAUUCAAGGGAACUUUUUUGUUGUUGUUGUUGUUGUUUACUUGUCUAUUUAAUUCAGGAGCUACAUGUUUUUUUUUAAUGAAAUGACAUACCUCGCAUUGAUAUGUGAACAAAGAUAUUCUGUGCUCAAAUUCGGACAGUUGUUUGGUUUUGUUCACUGCUCAGGUACAAAAAAACAAAAACAAACAAAAAACGCAUCAAAUCUUUUCUUCCCUAACCAGCCAAGAACCAGUAGCCUACACAUUAUUGUAAAGUUUGAAUUGAAAAAUUGAUCUAUUUUGAAAUAUUUCGCUAUUUUAUAGGAUUAAUGCUUUUAUAGUAUUUGUACAAAUUUGAGGUUUUUAAGUUAUUCACAUCCAUCUGCUCAUCAAAUUGAAGGUUGCCGUUGUGCUGUUUACUGAAAUUGUAGGUCUCUAUUUAAGACCUGCUUACCCAUCUUGCCUGACACCCUGAAUCAUUCUUAUUCGUUUCCUCUUGUAGGCCACCAAGUUUAUCAGACCUUUUCACAUUUCCACAUGACAAUAGAGUGCUUCCCUUGGUUUUUGUUCAGUAGCAUAGUAGUCAUAAUUGCUUUGAAUAUAUUUGGUUGAUAAGAAAAGUUUUACAAGCUUUGGUCUGUUUAUCUCAGGUUUUGAUAUUCUUUAAGACCACAGACCUCCACAUGAUUGUAUGAGGAAUGUCCAUAUAUGUAUAUCCAUCCCUACUUUAAAUGUACAUUUAUGUUCAGCCAAGUGAGGUCAAUAAAUACAAAGUUUGUCUGUCACAGUAACCACAUGUGUGAAGGCAGCUGUCCCAGUAUAUGUGGCUUUUCUCUCAUAGGAGCACAAGUUGUCUUUUUAUACAUGUUCUACUACUAUACAGUAAUUUAUUUGUAAAGUAGAACCGUCUUGUGUGAGUUGAUGUACUGUGAUGUUUCAACACAAGCUGGUUUCCAGGCUUCCACUAGAGAUGUCACAAUGUGAAAUAUUGCAUUCGUUAUCAACCAAGUUUGUAAAGCCUUUUUACCACAUAGUCUACGUAGAUUGCUCUCUGUACUUUUCCAUAGAAGAGAAAAAUGCUUAAAAUAUACAAAAUCCCUUUUUAGAUAGCAUGUUUGUUAGCAAAGUUUUUUAACCCAGAAAAGAAGCCAUUCGUAUUGUAGCUACAUGGGAAAACAACAGAAACCUCUCCUGGAAGAAAAAUGUAGAAUUUCACAUGAAGAAAAUAGUUUUUAGACAAUGGAAAAUAUUGUUGCUUUGUGUAUGAUCCCUGUCUUUUUAUGAAAAAAUAAAAACAUGCAUUAUUUCG